AUGACAUUUGGAAAUGAACUUUUCUGGCCACUGGAAUCAAACGAUAACCAUCCAUCAUGGCCUGAUCUGAAAACCAUCGACAUUGAAUACAUUCCCUCAACCCCGUCCGGGAAAUGGAUCUUUGUUGACCGUUCUAAUCGCGAUGAGGACGAUCAAUAUAAGUCCACGGAUUCAGAUCCACAGGAUGAAUUUCCGGAAUACGUGAGAACAGUAAUCGAAGAUCGCAGCGGCAAGCCCUUCCGAGAAGUCAGUGUACCGGGUCUCUUCAAUGAGCUAUAUAUGGCUGUGGGCUAG